AUGGAACAGCUGCAGAACUACAACAACCCAAAUUUACCAGUAAAGUCACAAACAGCCAGAGAAGGUCGUGAGAAUCAGCGUUAUAAUUCAGAAACAGGGGCAAGGAUAGUUGCUGGGUGUAUGUGUCUCAAUGAAACCAAAGACAAAAUUAUUAUGAUAUCAUCUUCGAAACAUAAAAACCGUUGGAUAGUCCCCAAAGGUGGCAAUGAAUUGGACGAGUCUGAAUUGGAAACUGCUGUUAGAGAGACUUGGGAAGAAGCUGGGGUAGAAGGAAUAAUCAUAAAGAAAUUGCCAGUUGUUUUGGACUCUAGAGGGAGUCAAGCACCAGUUAUUAAGGGUGAAUUUGAUCCUGAUGUUGCUACUCCUAAAUCCGAAUUUCAUUUUUUUGAAUUGCAAGUCGAUCAAUUGAGUACAUCUUGGCCAGAGAUGAAGAAAAGACAAAGAAGGUGGUGUACUUAUUCUGAGGCAAAACACGAGUUGCUAAAACUGAAAAGACCAGAAUUAGUUGAUGCAUUGAACAUGUCAUCUAUUUUAAAAGACACUAUUGACGACGAAAACCCUAAACAAGAUAAUUAUUAG